AUGUGCGCACAGACCAAGACAAUCUCUAGGACCAUCCGGGAGUAUGGGAAUGGACCCCACAUUCCCGGCCUCCUGCUAUCGUGCGUGAAGGAGUUACUUCGAGUUAGGGGCAUAACUCCCCAGGUUUGGCCCAACUGGCACAGCAUCGGGUAUGACAAUCCCCGCUUGUUGAAGCAUGCCUGGUGCAGCAAGAUUGUUGCCUGGGAGGCAUUAGGUGACCACACGUUUGAUCUCCCGGUUGCUCCUGGUCCUUCAGUAGGUUCAAUUCUGGUUGAGCUUCCCUCCCCACCCAUCGUCGCCAGCAAUGUCGCUGGGUCUUCCAGCAAGGCUACCUCCGAGUCCUGGGAGAAGGGAAAAGGUAAGGUGGUUGUUGCCAACCCGGAGCCAGAAGCAGAUGGAAAUAGGAAGAGGAAAUCGCCCAUGAUUCCGGCACUUCCCUCGCAACCGCCAAAGUCGGUGAUGGAGACUCACAAGCGGGCAAAGACAACUCACCUUGCUAAGUUGAAGGAGUUUGUUAAGUCCGAAGAUGAUGAUGACUCACUUACUCAGCCGGUUUCGGGUGGGGUUCCAAUGGUUGUCCUUCCCCGGCUCUCUGCAUAUGCAAUUUCCAGCAAGCUUCUGGAGGUCAUUAGGCCUCCUCAACCAACUCCGGCCACCCUGGCGGUGGCACCACCAGUCAUUGACACAAGUGACAUUCUCAUUCCCGGACCCAUGAAACAACCCUUGCCAGGCUUGCCACAAGAUGGAAUGGCCCUGCGCAAUUCAGUUGGACAAGAGGACCGGCAACCCCUGUAUGUCCUGUGUCUACUGCACCACCAAGAAGAUCAAAUGUAUCUCAGAGUUGCACCAUCGACCUCCGGAGUUUCUUGUUCAGCACUCAAUGUGCCCAUACCUGAUCUCCACACCAUGGCAAUGGCUAUUCAGGAUGGUGCAGCUCGAGUCGCAAUUCUCGAGGCUUGUAUGGCAGAGCAGGAUGGUAAUAUUGACACCCUGCAAUGCCUCCAUGAAGGCCUUCGACGAGAAAUCAUCCUCCGGCACCCAUCAUUUCCACUUCUGUACCCCCCUGCCAAUGCAACAUCUUUGUUGCUUCAUCAACCCAUCCUCCCUUCGAUGUCACCCCCCAAAUCAGCACUUCCUCCUCUCAUUGAUCUGUUGAUGGCAGGGAUGGAGCUUCCACCCCUGAAACUCAAGGAUCCUUCUGCCAUUGAGGGUCUGAUGUUUGAGCCUGGCCAAUUAGAACUGGAGGGUCCACAGAUGUCCGGCGAGGGUGUCAUGUUUGAGCCCAGCCAAGUUGAACCCAAUGGUCCACAGAUGUCUGGCGACAUUGUGGACCCGGAUCCUUGCCAUUGGUUUUCUGCCAUUACUGCUCCUAUCAGUUUGACAGUUUGA